AUGAAGCCGUAUUUCACCGCUCUUCUUGCGCUUCCCGCGGCACUGGCUGUCCCUGUGGCAAAGCCCAGGCAUGCCAUUGCGACGACGGCAACGGCCAUAUCACCGAAGCAUCGUGCCUGUACUUUGGUUCGGUUAAGCAGCCCGGCCAAUGGUCCCCGCAUGGAAACGGUCUUCACCGAUGCGUAUUGUGCACAAGCCACGGGUGGAAACCUCUCGAAAGCGGUGUGCAAGUCCAUCACCAUCUGCAAGGAUCCUCUCAUUCCGGAAACCGAAAUCGGUACCUUUUACGUACUUUGCUGA